CUCCGCUGGCCCUUUGCUUCCUGCCUGGCGGAGGGAGGGACGGUGCUGACGGCUGGGAGGACGAGUCGGACGACUAGAAAGCCUUUAGAAAGAGACAGAAAGAAGGGAACAGGGCCCGGGGCUCCGCUUUCCACCAGGGUACAACUUUAGUUCCACACUGCUGGGUGCCCGAAGUUAAUGCCAUGUCGUCCAGUCGUCAGCAUAGUGAAAGCAGGGCCAUUCCGACCAGGACGGUGCUGAUCAACGACUCAACGCAGCUACCUCACGAUUAUUGCACCACUCCUGGAGGCACUUUAUUCUCAACCACCCCGGGAGGCACCCGGAUCAUCUAUGACCGUAAAUUCCUGUUAGACCGGCGUAAUUCCCCUAUUGCCCAGACUCCUCCAGCACACCUGCCUGUCAUCCCUGGGGUGACUAGCCAAAACAUCCGAAAUGAAAACAAGAAGAACGAAGCCAAUAACUUCAAUAACCAUGAUGGAAAGCCAGGGCCAGGUGAAGAUGCUCAGUUUGAGAUGGACAUCUAAAGAAGAGGAACCGACAUGAAUGAAAAAUAACCUGGCACAAACAUUUGCGCCAGUGGCUUGGCUUGUAGAAACCAAUGUUGUGAGCCCUCUCCUUUAGCUCUCUCUAGCUGCUGGGUGCUAAGUAACCAUGGGGAUAGCUGACUCAUGUUGGCCCGAUGGGUUGUUGGAGCCCUGAAAGUUAACAAAUGAUUCUAAUCUGUCUGAUUAGGUUUCAGGGCUGCCAACAGCUGUACUUGCGUAAACCACACAGCAAGGGAUAAAAGUCUGUAUUUUAAGUGCCCAAAUCCAACAAUCCAUGGAAACAUUCACUUGCAAAACAGCCGUCAGAGAUUGAUGCAUGGUAAUUUUGAAUUGUUUUCAGAGAUCACUGUUCAGUCAGAUAACCUUCAAGGACUGAAAUGCUUUACUUUGUGCAACUGUAACUUGAUUCUGUGUGAGUCACUCAGAUAUCUACUCAUCAGUACACAUGCACUAUUCUGUUGCCUCCUUGUUCUCUUUUUUUUUUUUAGUACAUUUUUAAAGUCUAAUAUUUCUAGUAAAGUUUACUAGGGACAGCAGGAUUAACUUUCUACAUUUUGGCAUCAGAACCGAAGAGUCCCGUUUUCAUUCCAAUCCUUUUAUAUUAAUCAGACAUCCAUACAUGAUGUCUAUUUUUUCACAUGUGAAACAUUUUAAGUUCGGCGUGGGGAAAUAGUUUUGUAAACAUGCCUAAACUGUGGACCUUUAGAGAGAAUUUGAAUUACGUGGAAACCAUUCUAAAUAUAUCUAAAGUUUAAGGUCCCAUGUUGAACUUCCCUGUUGAUUUGAAUAUCCAUUUUUUUUCAUUGCCUUUCUUUCAUACAAAAAUCUUUUACUAGGCUAAAAUAAAAAGAAAAACAAAUUUUUGAUUGACCAGAUUGUGUUAAGCUAGUAUAAAUAUGUUAAAAGCUCUGAUUUGAUUCAUCCUGCUAGCAAUACAGUUUGUCCCUACCUUUGAAUUGUGAGUGAAUCCUGAUGAUACUUGAAGCAUCACCAUCAGCUUUGUGGUCACUUGAGUCUACUACACAAAAAAAAAAAAUGAUGUAGUACUACAAGUGACACCAAACGAGUUGUUUGUCAAAGGUAAUGACAACAUGCACAGCUGUGGACUGAGUGAAGGGUUGAAUAUGCAUGCUUUUUCAGUAAGUACUGCAUAGAAAGGGUCCCAGAACCAGAGCUGGUCUCAAGAUGCACUUACAUCAUGUGUCUAACAUAUAUACGUUACUUCUAGCGCUUUUUACAGGUGAAAUAACAGGGAAUUGCGUUACAUUGUUGCCAGUUGUGACGUCUACUGUCAGUUUCAGAUUUCUAACAUUUUAACAAACCCUCAUCACCACAUCAAAGGUAGGAAAGCACUGAAGUGUCGUCAGGUCGAUCGUCCUACAGUUAUCCAUCGCUGCUGAUGCUGUUGUGAAGUUUGGUUGGUAGAUGGAUAGUUUUGAGAGAUGGAAAGUUUUUUUUUGAUAGAUCAAAGGUAUUUGAAGCUUGAAUUGAUUGAACAUUUCUGAUGCUCCUCUAUGCAUAUGGUUUUGAGUUUCUUAUCCUAAGCUUAGAUGUCCGCAUUAUAAGAUUUCUGGGAAUUUCCUCUCCUCUUUCUUUUGCUUCAUGCCUUUUCAUAGUGAACGAAGAAGGUUCCGGAUAUUCACAAGAGAUUGUCAUUAUAAAGUGGCUUACAGGAGAAUACAAGUCAUUCUCUCUGCUUCUCUCUACUGUACACCUACUGUGCUUAAUUUUCUUUUUGUCUUUUUUUUUUUCCUCAUAAUGUUCUCCUUUGGUAAGAAGUCUCUUUACCCAUGCCUUACUUUACUAAGCUUAGCAGCUGUGACUUCAAAAAAAAACAGUUUCUUUUCCCCUCUAUUCUGACAGGCCUUUUUUUCCCUGUUGUGGAUUUCAGAUCAAGAUCGUUGGUUUGUUUUAUUAGAAUAUAUUUAUAUUUUUGGAGACAUGUUUGUUUUUCUUUUUUCUCUCUCCCCUUGGAGGCAGAAAGGUUUGGGCUUGCAACAGUGUAAUGAAUGAAUGUGCUCAGUGAUUUGGUCAACAAAGAAAAAACAAAGGAUCUGAGGGCUCAUGGAUAAAAUUUCAGUUAAAGUCUACCAACCUGAUUUAUUUAAUGUAGCUCAAAUUAUUAUUUUUCUUUUCUUUUGUAAAUGCCCCUUAAAAUAAAUGCAAAUGAAUUGGGGAAAUUUUGAAAUUAUUAGGAUAUAAGUAGAUAUGUGCACAAUUUGCUCACUGCACUGCCGUAGACUGUUGAGAGCUGUCAGAUCCUUUUCUUUUCACCCCCUGAAGCGGCUUUAAUGGUUUAAGCCAUUAGAAUCCAUACAUUUCCCCAUCAGAAACAAGGUUAUAUGCCUGGAUAGGGGCCUUUCUGGUUUUAAUUCUUAUAAUAUUACAUAACACCGGUUGACACAAUGUUUUUUUUUUCUGUUCUGAAUUUUGAGACCGUGUUAAAUUCAAUUGACUUUAAUUUAAACGAAAUGCCAAUGCCAGUGGACACUAUUACAUCAAAGUCAAUAAAAGUUCCUUGAUAAGACAUCUGUUAAAAAAGGUUUAAAUGCAUAAAACAAUUUGUUUCUAAAAUAAAGAUUAUUUGAUUGCUGUGA